GUCAUCAUGUUUAUUUUGUUUGGGGCUUUCUGUUAUAAAAACUAACACCCCAACUCGCCACCACCGCCAUUUUUUCGAAAUGGAUCAUCGGGCUCUUAUUCUCUUCGUUGUUUCCUCUCUCCUCUUCGUCUCGUCGAUCUCGUCGGAGGAGACGGUUGACGACGGAGAUUUGUUGAUCCGGCAGGUGGUCGACGGCGUGCGGUUGGGAGCAGAGCAUCACUUUUCUGAGUUCAAGCGUAGGUUCGGGAAGGCGUAUUCUUCCAGGGAAGAGCACGAUUACAGGUUCAAGGUAUUCGAGGCUAACUUGCGCCGAGCUCGUCGUCACCAGAACCUUGAUCCUUCCGCGGUUCACGGUGUGACUCGUUUCUCGGAUCUUACACCUUCGGAGUUUCGAAAGAAUGUUUUGGGACUCAGAGGUCUGAGGUUGCCUUCCGAUGCAAACAAGGCUCCCAUUCUCCCAACAGAUAAUCUUCCCGCCGAUUUUGAUUGGAGAGAUAACGGAGCAGUUACCCCUGUCAAAAAUCAGGGUUCGUGUGGAUCGUGUUGGAGCUUCAGCACUACUGGGGCCCUCGAAGGUGCUCACUUCCUCGCUACCGGGGAACUUGUUAGUCUUAGCGAGCAGCAGCUCGUCGAUUGUGAUCACGAGUGUGAUCCAGAUGAACCAGGUUCCUGCGACUCUGGUUGCAAUGGUGGAUUGAUGAAUAGUGCUUUUGAAUACAUCCUUAAAUCUGGUGGGGUCAUGCGGGAGGAAGACUACCCUUAUUCUGGUACCGAUCGCGGAACCUGCAAAUUUGACAAAGCAAAGAUUGCAGCAUCAGUGGCAAACUUCAGUGUCGUCUCCCUUGAUGAAGACCAGAUUGCUGCGAAUCUUGUGAAAAAUGGCCCUCUUGCAGUGGCCAUCAAUGCAGUAUUUAUGCAGACAUAUAUAGGUGGAGUAUCAUGCCCAUACAUAUGUUCAAGGCGGCUGGAUCACGGGGUCUUGCUGGUGGGAUAUGGUUCUGGAGGCUAUUCACCCAUCCGGAUGAAGGAUAAGCCAUAUUGGAUCAUUAAAAAUUCCUGGGGAGAGACCUGGGGAGAAAAUGGAUACUACAAGAUAUGCCAGGGACGAAAUAUAUGCGGUGUGGACUCCAUGGUUUCAACUGUCGCCGCCGUUCAUACCACCACUACUCAGUAGGAUGUUAACGUAGUUGACCUUGUCAAAUGUCUAUGUAUCUUUUUACCGUAAAACAUCAAUCAUUGCCCACAUUUUAAAGUGGUGUCAAAGCUGUUAAUCUAUGUAUGCAAUCUUGAAAACAGUUUGUAGACCAACUUUAUGAACGUUGAAAUUGUUUUUCAA